ACUUACCCCUUUCGUACUUGAAAAGUACCCCCUAUCUCUUGAAGGAGUUCAAGUCUUCCCCUUUUAUCUCGCCUUUUCGGGGUCAAUCCUACCACAUGAACACCUACGAACAGAUCGGCAGCAUGGGAUAAUAAUAACUUAGCGCGAUCGCGCUUGGCUUCUUGUCCUUCUCCAAUGACGCACGUUAAAAUCUCUUUGAUCGACUAGAAACCACAGGGAUGUUGAUAGACAUUCUCCAUAUUACUUGCAACCUUGCACGAGUUAGCCAGGUCCAUAAUGGUUCAAUAAUGGUUCAUAAUGGUCCUUGUAAAGAAACAAUCCCAUAGGGGAACUAAGAAUGUCUUAUCACGUUUCGACAAAGCCUGGUUGUCACGUUAGUUUUAGUCAAUUUGGUACAUUUGUUAUUUAAGACCUCAGGGACCUCUUCUUAGAUAUUCAAUUUAGAAGGUACCUUUCCCACGUUAAGAAGGCUGCGUAAAAUCAACUUCUUUCCAUCUACGUCAACUCGACUUGAUUAAUACCACAAUUACCUCACAUACUCAACUUAACCUAGUCUAUUUACCUAAUAGUCGUCAAGAUGCGCAUUUCUUCCCUCUUAACUACGGUAGCCGGCGCUACUUCUGCGUCCGCCGCGGUGAUGCGAAUUGAUGCCACCGCCGCACCCUGGAAAUGGACUGUAACAGGAUGGAGUGCUGGUUGCGCGAGAGAAUGUCAUUAUGACUUCAACGUGACCGGCACCGGAAGUUCUUUGUCGAGGCCGCCUAGACCUUCGUUUAAGGCGUACUGUAGCGGAGAAGGCGAGGGUGCCAACUAUAGGGCCUGUACAGCGCUCGAGGAAACCGAAACCGACUAUCUUGUCCUUGCGAAACUCCUUCCGAACAACGGCACUGCCAACGGAACAUCGCACAAGCCUCAGAUCCAAGUGAGCGUAAAGUUCACCGACCUAGAUGUUGCGUCGACGUGGUGGAACUACACUGGGAAGGCCGUGGCGUCGUACAACCAAUUCGUAGCGCCGCUUAUGAACUUCACCAUCACUCCCGAUACCAUUUACGGUGUAGCGUAACAGCGGGGAGUUUUAGGGUAGCGCACGGUGAUGUAUCAGGUGCGACAUCUUGGCGUACUCGAUGUCGGGUUAUCGACGUGGCCCGGGAAGCAAACAUUUGUGUUGCAAACGUGGACGGUUCAUUGGCGACAACGGCGUACAACCUACUGACCGAGAUGAUCUCGAUGGUCGGUCGCGAAUCACCCUCGCAUAGUAGUCCGGACUAUUCAGUUUCCUAUGCUAAAAUGAGUCAAGAAGCACGCCCUUAAUAAACCUCAACUACCCAACCUGAACGUCGAAUCAAACCCACAUAUGCCCUGCUGAAAGGAUCAUCUUGAACGACGAUCACAAGAUGAGAUUGAGGAGGGACCAUCAGUUGGUGGAUCUACACCUGGCCCUCCCGGCUUGUAUGUCUCGCGAGAGUGAGGUCGUACGCCUAGACUAUAGUCGUUCUUGUACAUAGACAGGACAGAUGUUGAUUGCAGAUGUCAAGAUGACUUGAUUGACAGGCAGACAUAUCAACUUAUAAUGUUAAUCAUUGACCUAGUUAAUAAUUAUAAAACCUUACAUUCUUCAAAUAACCAGUUUCAUGUAGAGGAAUUUGUGAGAUCAUCUGUCUUGGCAAUCGUCGUAUAGUGUAUAGGUAUGUAUGUACCGAGUCCUAGAUUAGACCUCAGUUAGGCAGCCUGA